CAAACAUACGUUUUUUUAAUCUCUCUCGAUUCAAUUCCCAAUUUCAACUUCUUCUCUAUCUUUGAAUUACUUUUCCUCUCUCAAUCCCUCAAGAACAAGCUCCUCAACAAUAAGAACAGAAAAAAAACUUUGCAUCUCCCUCUCCCUUUUGUAGAUCUCAGAAUUUCAAAAUUAAGCAAUGGUGGUCAGCACCUCACCAAUCGGAUUCGAAGGAUUCGAGAAGCGUCUCGAGAUCUCCUUCUCGGAGGCGCAGAUUUUCAAGGACCCCAACGGACUUCUCCGCGCCUUGACUCGCCCCCAGAUCGACUUGUUCCUCGACGCGGCCAAGUGCUCUAUCGUCUCGAGCCUCUCCAAUGACAAGCUCGACUCGUACGUCCUCUUCGCGUUGACCGGCAGAGUGGGAAGCUUGUACCAGAGCCCAGUGGUGGGUUCGAAGACGGUGAGCCUGCAGUUGGGCCUUGUCGAUACUUGGCAAAGCUGGAGGUUUGGUGGUGCUUGGUCGUUCGAUCCGAGCCGUGAUGAAGACGAAGAGGUUCUGGACGGUGGAGGAGAGCUUUCGGAGACAGGGAAGUCCGGGAAAUGGAACUCGAAGUUCAGGACUUGCAGACGGCGGCGGAGGAGGGGAAUUGGGGGAAUUUGAGGCGGAGGAGGAAUGGGUUUUGAUUUGUUAAUUAGGGGAAGAGAGUCCCGGAUUGGGGGACUGGGUUUUCGAUCAAAGCCUCAUCUAAAUUCCAAAGGC